AUGAGAAAAGAGGAUGACCGGAGUGUUACUCAAUUUGCUGUGAGCACGCGCUGUGAGCAGCCAAUCACCGUCGAAGCGGGCACCGAGCGCGUGAGCGCGGGCACUCCUCCUUCGGGGACAGAUGACCUAAAAAGAUCACAAGGCAAAGGUAAAAACAGCCACAUCAAGAGGCCCAUGAAUGCCUACAUUGUUUGGGCAAGGAAACACCGGUCUAUUGUGGCCAGGGCCAAUCCAAAUGCCAGCAAUGCUGAGGUCAGUGAGCAGCUUGGGACUGAAUGGAGGAAACUGACUGAAGACCAGAAGAUGCCCUACUACCUAGAGGCAUCCAGGCUUAAAUGGAAACAAAGCCAGCAGUUUCCAGAUUGGGUGUAUAAACCCCGUCCACAGAAGAAAAAGCGAGUCUGUCCAGAAGAAGCAGUAACAGAAACUUCCGCCAUACAGAACAACCUAAUAUUCUCUGACCAUAAUUAUACUCCACAUGACCAAAAGAGGAUGCAAGUUGGCCUCAAAGUGGCUCCUCCAGAAACUUCCUGUAAUGCCUCACAAGCCACAGCCCAGACCCCGCUGCAGAGAUCUAGCAGUUUGGAGAAUACAGCCUCACAUAGCACACCUGAUCCAGUGCCAACCCUGCCUGCUCUCCCUGACGAUCUUUUGGAGCCGUUAUUCACCCAGACCAGCACAUUGGAUGAUCAGGAAACGUCAAUUGGGAUGAACAUGUACGAUGACUGUUUCCCAGUCCACAAUAACCUUUCUGACCUAGAACAUUAUAUUUUUGAUAAAGAGUCUGUGGCAGACACUUGGAGCAAAAACACAAUCAACACAGGCCUUAUUACUCCUCCAAUCCUGGACACCCAUGCCUUGGAAAAUUUGACAUGCAGCUUGCAGAAUAUAGCCUCACAGAUGAGACCUGAUCCAGAACCAAGCCCACCUUCUUUCCCUGAUUAUCUACUGUCCUGCAUGCCUGAGCCAUCAUUCAGCCAGAGCAGCACCUUGGAUAAACAAGAAAACUCGAUUGGGUUCGAUCCAUAUAAUUACACUUUUCUGGGACACAAUGACUUUUCAGCGCUAGAAGAUUAUCUUUUCAGUCAAGAGUCUGUGGAAGACAGCAAAGACACCCACAGCAAAGACACUAACAGCUGAAGCACCCACAUCAGCACAGGCCUUAAUUCUCAGGACCGAUACCUUGGAAAAUUAUUUGGACGAAUCAGGCGGGAUGGGCCUGGAUGAUGACCUUUCCCUGAUCUAGGAUGACUUUUUUGCACUGGACUUUUUUGUUUGUUUGUUUGUUUUUUGAGUCUGUGGUAGACGCUCACAUCAACGACUCCCACCACAGCACAGGAAUACAUUUUUCAUCAAUUAACACCCUGUCUUCUUAAAUUUUUUAUUCACAUACUGUAAAUAUUUAUAAAUCCUGAAUGUGGGAUUAUCGAAAUCCUUGUGCACAUGUAAUGACUACAGUCUAGCAAUAUUUUACAUAUUAAUUGAAAAUGCUGUACUUACUGUUUUGAGCUAGCUCAUCUUAACUUGUUGCACUUGUUAUUUACUGCUAUUAAAUUAAAAUAUUGAUACUAGAGGUUACCCCCACCUAAUGAUGUUCUUGAGAUGACCUGGUAAUAAUAUAUCAUCAUAUCAAAUUAGGAUACAUUGUUACCUCAUAGUAUGAGAUAAAAGUUGAAUAUGACCCUGCCUAAUACCCUGCCUACUGUUACAUUUGUUCCACUCGCAUGCAGAUACUGAUUUCUGUGUGCUACCUUUACUUGUACACUGUUGCU